UGAGAAAUGCUGAAGGUGCAGCAUUAUGGUUUUUGGUUUAUUAGCUAAUAUAAAAAGUUGUAAACAAUAUAUUUUAGUCUCAUUUUAUGAUAAAUCAACUUUAGUUUGCAAUCAUAAGUUAUUACAAAGAUUUAGGUGUUUUAAAGUGAGUUUUGUCAUUUGUAGAUUGAUGCUAAUUUUAGCUAUAAUUCAUAUGUUACCAGGUGCGAUUAUAUAUUACAUUAUUCAUUUUGAAAAGAUAAAUCACACAAGGCUAUAACAAAAAAACUUUUGCUUUCUAGUUUGUUUUCUUAAUCGUGAGCGCGGCGGUGUGUCUGUUGAAGUGCUGAACAGCCGCAUUGAGUGAGCGGUGUUUUACAACAGGUUCCUUUACUCAUAGAAAUAAUCUUAGACAAGCUGUCCGAGAUUAUUGCUUGCUUUAUCAGUAUGAUUGUAUGUUUUUUCUGUUUGUGUUUUACCAUUCUGAUAACUGGUGAUGCCUAAACCCAUCUUUCACAUCUUAGAAAGCACUUUGGUCUGAUGUGAACAGGUGUUGCUGGUGUAAUGGAGUGGAGGAUAUUUUCCUGACACACUUUGAGCCUCUUAUAGUUUACCAAUUGAGUUUAAAUGCCACAGCUGACUUGAGUAUUGUUGCUGAUCAUGUCCAUCCCUUUAUGGCCAUCUUCUGACGGCUACUUCCAGCAAGAUAACGCACGUCACAAAGCUCAAAUCUUCUCAAACUGGUUUCUUUAACAUGGACAAUGAGUUCAGUAUGCUGAAAUGACCUCCACAGUCACCAGAUCUCAAUCUGAAUGUCAGUAACCAAACAGUUGAUGGGCCAUUGACUUCCAUAGUAUUUUUCCAAUCCAAUCCAGUUUGGUUACCCAUAUUCUAAUGUAUUCAAAAUAUCUUUUUUUGUGUUCAGCAGAAGAAAGAAAUUAAUAACAUUUUGGAACAACUUGAGGGUGAAUAAAUGACGACAAAUUUUCAUUUUUAGGUGAACUAUCCCUUUAAGAGUCUCAGGAGGAAGCUGUGGUUUAGUGUUAAGGAGGAGGGUCAACAUGGUCAAAGAAUAUAAAGUGUGAUUUUAACAUAGAUAGCACUACUUUAUGUAAGAAGAUGAAGAAAUUACUAUUUUUAGCUGCUCUGUUUGUGGCUGUUUUUGCCAAAAAGACUUUCAAGAGAGACCAGGUUCUUCGGAUCACUGCACAAGAUGAGGCACAAAUCUCUCUCCUGAAGGAACUUUCUGAACAGGGGCAUCUUGGGUUGGACUUCUGGAUGGAGCCCGUUCAUGAGUCCCUGCCUGUGGAUGUUCGUGUCCCUUUUCACAGCCUCCAGGCUGUCAGGGCGUUCCUGGCGUACAAUCAGAUCCAGUAUAAUGUCAUGAUUGAGAAUGUUCAGGAUUUGCUGGAUAACGAGGAACGUGAGAUGGUGAAAUAUCGAGCCUUUCCGAGAAGUACCGACGACUUUGUCUACACCACCUACCAUGACCUGAAAACUAUUUACAAUUUCAUGGACAUGCUUGUGGCAGAAAACAGUAAUCUGGUCAGCAAAAUUGUGAUUGGUCAGAGCUAUGAGAGACGCCCCUUGAACAUCCUGAAGUUCAGCACUGGAGCGAACCGCCCAGGACUCUGGAUUGACACUGGCAUCCACUCCAGAGAAUGGGUCACCCAGGCCAGCGGAAUCUGGUUUGCCAAGAAGAUUGUGACCGACUAUAGACGUGACCGCGUCCUCACCAACAUCCUUAACAAAUAUGAUAUCUUCUUGGAGAUCGUCACCAAUCCUGAUGGUUUCGCCUACACCCACAGCGAUGACCGCAUGUGGCGUAAAACCAGAAAGCCGAACCCUGGCACCAGCUGUGUUGGAGUUGAUCCCAAAAGAAACUGGGAUGCAGGCUUUGGAGGUCCUGGAUCCAGCGGUAGCCCAUGCUCUGAGAUCUAUCGCGGACCCAGUGCUCAUUCUGAGCCAGAGGUCAAGGCCAUUGUGGACUUUGUGAAAUCUCACGGCAACCUCAAGGCCUUUGUGUCCAUCCACAGCUAUUCCCAGAUGCUCCUGUAUCCAUACGGAUACAAAAGCACUCCUGCCAAGGACCAGACUGAACUGCAUGAGCUCGCCAGCAAGGCCAUCUCUAAGCUGCGUUCAUUGUAUAACACGAGCUACAAAUAUGGAAGCAUCAUUACCACCAUCUACCAAGCCAGUGGAGGCACUAUUGACUGGACUUAUGAUCAGGGCAUCAAGUACUCCUACACCUUUGAGCUGAGAGACACUGGUCGCUAUGGUUUCCUCCUGCCAGCCAAUCAGAUCGUCCCCACUGCUGAGGAGACCUGGCUGGCCCUGAUGGCCAUCAUGGAGCAUGCCAUGAAUCAUCCAUAUUAAACAAUAUUUCUUUUAUGUGACGAAGUUAAUAAAAGAGUGUUAAUAAAAACAAUUAGUGGCUGAAAAGGGAUAUAUCCAUACCAUAUCAGUUAUCAGCUAUUAUUAGUUUUUUUUUAAUUUAUCAGUAUUAGAUAUUUAAUUGUUCAUGCUCAUUUCCUCUAUUUUUACAUUUAGAUAAAAUUUGCCAUCAUCUAACGCUCUCUUAAAGUUCAUCUUUAAAAUGCUACCAGUUUAAUAACAUUAAAUUAAAUGUAAUUUUUUUCAUACUGUACAUAAUAAUGUUGUUAUAUGGAAGCCUGUUUCCGCCACUAAAUAAAAAAAUAAAAAGAGUAAUUGCAACAUUUUAUCUCAGAAUUCGGACUUUUUUCCUCGCAAUUGUGAGUUUAUAUCUCAGAAUUGUGGUUUUUUUUUCACGCAAUUGCGAGUUUAUAUCUCAGAAUUCUGACUUUUCUUUCCUUGCAAUUGCGAGUUUAUAUCUCAGAAUUGUGACUUUAUAACUCACAAUUGAAAAGUCAGAAUUCUGAGAUAAAAAGUCGCAAUUGCUCUUUUUAUUUUAUUUAGUGGCGUAAACGGGCUUCCAUAUGUUGUGAUGCCUAAAUUUACUUUAUUAAUUUAUUUUAGUUUUUAGUGUUUUAUUUUUAAUUUAUUUAGACAAAAGAGUAUAUAAAUUUUAAUACAGACCAUUUAUUAGUUAUUGACUAAAAUAUGGAAAUUAUGGUCACACUUUAGAUUGGAGUCCAAUUCUCACUAUUAACUAUGACUUUUGCCUCAUUAAACUCCUUAUUACUGCUUAUUAAUAGUUAGUAAGGUAGUUGUAAAGUUUAGGUAUUGGGCAGGAUUAAGGGAUGUAGAAUAUGAUCAAGAAUAAGGCAUUAAUAUGUGCUUUAUAAGUACUAAUAAUCAGUCACUAUCCUAGUAAUAUGCAUGCUAAUAAGCAACUAGUUAAUAUUGUGAAUUGGACCCUAAAGUGUUACCGAAACCAUUUUUAUUAAUCUUUUGUAGUAAAAGAGCUAAAAACUUCCUCCCCAGUCCAAAAAAAAAAAAAAAAAAAAAAACAUUUAUAUGGCAUUAUAAGAACACCAUUUAUUAAAACAAAAGUCAAAAAUAAUUAGUUUUGAAUUCAUGCAACAUUGUGACAUCAUCCAGAUGCAUCAACACGUCUCAUUGUUAAUACGUAGGUAUUAAUACGUAACUUUCAAAGACACAAAACGUACAUUUUUGUACGUUUAGAAAGGUACUAAAACGUACAAUAUUGACGUAAUUAUGGCACUAAAACGUAAAAAUACUUACGUAAAUAUUUUACGUUUUUUCGCUGUAAAAACGUAUCUUCAUGUCAUAAAGAUAUAUGUAUAAUUUCCAUUUUAUCGUUUUGUAGAUAAAUGUAAGAUCCCUAAACCCCAUCCCGAACCUAAACCUACCCAUUUUAUACAGAAUGUUAAAAGAAUAAAAUAAAGAACAGAAAUGUGUAGGAAAAUGACAAUUUUAGUAAAAAUAUAACAUUAAAACGAUAUUUUGAGCCACUAAUCCUACACCUACCCCUAAACCUAUAACCAUUUCUUUAAACUACCUACUGUUAUAAAUAAAAGAUUGACAGACAAACAAGCGUAAUCACAAUAAUUUAUUUUUUGCGAAAAUGUCAAAAGUGGUACCAAAAGUAGUUCAUGAUGAUGAGUUCCAGUCACAGUCCUCUCUGGCGGUAAUAGUUUUUUAUAGGGUACAGAGCAGAAUUUAACUCAUUAAUCCAUGAAAACAUGAUAAAUUCGGCUUCUCUCCGUGAAGGCGCGCACUCAUUUCAAAUGUCAAUCCACUGAAACACGGCAUGUCGCAAUCUUUGACGAAGCAGGUGAGAACCAAUGAGCGUUCGAUAUCAGUGCCGUAAACCAUGUCGUAACGCUUCUCGAGGGUGGCGCUACUUUUCAAAUUUGAAUCAUAACGAGCGCGAGCUUUGACUUUGACGGUUGCUGAGAAUGAAGAUGAAGAUUGAUGGAUAAAGGGCUGAAUUUGGAUCUGUUCCUUACAAACAUAUGGAUUCUAAAGAUUUGUAGUACAGUGAACUAAUAAAAUGGAUGUGAUUUGUGAAUUUA